AUGGACUGGAGAUCAGUCCCCACCGCGGACUCAGAACGGGAGUACGAGAAUGUCGAUCCUCCCUGCCAGACGUUCGCCGAGGAGGAGUGGGACCGCUUCCUCGUUGACCUCACCGGUGACGAACUCUCUCCUCCUCCUCCUCCUCUGUCAUGAUCUUACAGUGGAAGGGCUCUCACGGCUUCUGGUUCGUGGCGUUAGGGUUGAAGAAGGAGAGGGAGUUCAAGAAAGAACACCUGAGGGUGAGGGUGGACGGCGGGGGCAUCAGGCUGAGCGGCGAGCGGCCCCUCGGCGGCGGCGGCGGCGGGCGGUGGCUCCGCUUCGAGAAAGUCUUCCGCAUGCCGGAGGGACGGAAAACCGACGAAAUAAGGGCCAGAUUCGCGAAUGGCGUCCUCUCCGUAGUCGUCCCCAAGUUGAAGAGCAAUAGCCAGAUCGCAGCCCAGCCAGCGGCGGCCGCAGUGUCUCCUCCUGCAGCUCAGAAGCCUCUCCCUCCGCCGGUGACUCCGGCGCCAGAGGAGGGCCAGGUGAAGACCAGCAAGCCGACCAAGGACCAGGGAGACGUCCAUCGGGAGGAUUUGGCCGCGGCAAAGGAUGCCGGCAGCAGCGCCGGAGAGAAGGCGGGUUCCAGCAAACGGCGGCCACCAACGGGGGCGGUGGUGGAGAUGCGAGAGAGGCGCCAGUGGACAGCAGUAAAGGUUGCGAUCGCGGCGGCUGCGGCGGUGGCGGUGAUGCUGAUUGUAGGGCUCGGCUUCUAUCUCAGAGGAGGGUUCCCAGAGAGCCUGGAAGAUCUACCGCCGCCGGAGAGCUUCCCAGAGUACUACUAA